AACUAGCGGAGAUCCAGUUGAAUUGCCAUUUGAUGACAACUUUGGACACGCUUUCUUGAAUUGUUGUCACACCAAGACAUUAAUUGCUUUUGUCACAGCUUCGAAGCUAUGAAUGAGAAGGGACUAUAUUAUGGAAAAUCUCUUUCACACGUUGCUGAUGAAGGUCACUCAACAGUUUUACGUUCAAACAGUUCUUCUUGGGACAAGUCUUUAGUUUCAGGUGAUGACAACUUCAAUUUCCAGCCAAGUCCCAAGACAGAAGGACAACAGGCAGAUAGAGUACCUCCUUUGAUUGAUUUCAACGAUAGCCCUGUUGACUGCACAGUUCCUUCUACAAAGGAAUCCGCCUGUCCUGUUUCACCUCCGCAAAGGUCACUUACAGUUGAGGAAGCGUUGAACUUUCCAGCGAUGCCUACGAACUUUUCUGACUUGCAUUUGAAAAGUGUUUUUGAGCUAGCUAAUAUGUUGGAAAGCGACGAAGCAAUCAAAGAGUAUUUGGCAACCCAACCACUGUAUCGUCACAUAUGUUCGACGAGAGAUGACUUGCUAGAAGAAACUCGAUACCUUGAGUGGAAAAAUAACCAAGCACUGGAGAAGCGAGACAUAUUGGAAAUGUCGAAGCUUAAGGAAGCAAAAAAAAAGUUAAAGAAAGUCAAAGAGCAACUAGCUCAGGCCCAAAAGGAGAAGUCCGAGCUUCUUUUGAAAAUGAAACCAGAAAAUCUCACGAAAAUUUUUAUACCUGCAGUUGAAGAAAAGCUCAGGAAGUCAGAAGCGAUAAGAUCAGCUUUCUUGCGACAAGAAAUCAGCCUGAAUGAAUGCUUAUCAGAAUACGUUGCCGAAAGAAAGGCAUACUAUAUUCGAAGGGCGAAGACGAAUUUUAUAACUGCUUUAGCGAAAUCCGUUUGACGCCUUGCUGCUCCUUAUGGAGUCUUGUAAAUACAGUAAUCCUUGUUAGUUUUAUUCUGAGAUACGAGCAAAUUGGAAACUAGCAUGUAUUACAAGGCAGAGAAAUAAAACACCGAUUAGUUGUAAAAUAUAUCCCAAAAUGUGAAGCGGAAGCAAAAUGUUGCAACUCAAAAGGUGCUAUCAAGGCCAUCUUCUGAAGUUCGUUGUGAGAACGCAAAGGAUAUGUCCCUUUGAAACUAGGUAGGGGCUAGUGUCUCAGUACAACAAAGUGGACAAAGUUCUUGCCACUAACAGUGAGUCAGCUGUGCAGUCGAUAAGCUGCAACAGGAAACCACAGUGUACAAAAUAUAUAAAUAAAACUCGCUUCUCUUUUUGUACUUCGAAACCUUUAUAGCUGUUUUGCCUUUCAGUUACCAACCUUGCAACUUUAAGGGAUCUACAGAUAUACUCCAGCAAACACUGAUAGUUUUCAAGCUUCGACAAUUUAUAUGCUUCAAGCCUGUGAGUCGCUAGUCUAUCAUCAACUGUGAACUGCUCCAUCACACAUUCUUUCCUUUCUUACUCCAUGAAGAUCAUUUUGGCGCACAGGAUGACUCAGAACCAACGCUGGAAUGCAUAUAAGAGAUAUUUCUUUUGUUGGCUUAUUUUUACUAUUUCGUUUAUGAUA